CAGGUACCUAUCUUCCUGUGUAAAACAAAGUAUCCAUGUGGCCCACUGAUUAAGCAGAUGGGUCCCACCCCAGUGCCUGCUCAGGUGCUCAAACAAUAAAGGGACUGUUCACUCUCAUAGUGAGGCACUGCAUCUAAAGCACUGUUUCAUUAGGACAAAAGCCAAGCAGAAGAGUUUACAGGCUGAAGGAUUAGCACUGAUGUGCGUUAUCAACAAAGAAAUGUCGCUUUAUUGUAUUACUGGACUGCUAAUGCUUUGGUCAGGUGUGAUUACAGCUGGCAAUGUUACAGAAGCUCCUGGAGUUGGCACAACAACUUCAAAUGAAAUCUCUGCCUUUAUCAUUAGCAUAAAAAUAACUAACCGCAUUUACAACGACUCGCUUGAAGACCACCAAUCACAUUACUAUAAAAUACUACGACAGGAAGUUGAGAAUAUGUUUUUUGAGAUGUAUAAAUUUACACCAUCAGCUCAGUAUCAAGAGAUUGCAGAGAUGACUUUCAGCAAUGGAUCUGUGAUUGCCAAUUCCAUAGUGUUGUUUGGAACUAAGCAAAUAAGUGGAAAGACUAUUAAAAACAUCUUCAUUACCAAUUAUCAACAUUACCCCGCGACACUGCUGCAUCUAAACAUCAACCAUACUGCAGAUCAAGAACCCAUUCCUGUCUUGUCAAACAUUUCUCCUUCUAUCGCCUCUAUGACUACAUCCAUCACCAGCCCUAAGUUAUCUGACCACACAUCUGGAAACGAAAGUUCUACAGCAUCUACAUCCUCUGCCUUGACCAGCAGUGGCUCAGAAGAAUCAACAAACAAUAUUACUGAUACAGCUGCAAGCACACAAACUCAUUCCAACACUAACGACAUCCUUUAA